GUGUGUGUGUGUGUGUGUAUGUAUGUAUGUAUAUAGGGUCCCCAACUAUGUGCGCGAAUGCUGCGUGAAUCAGCCGUGCAACGACGAUGACGGUCGAUCGACGGUUUCGACCGUGCCAUCUCGCUCUCGUCGUCGCCCGGUUGUUCCUUGCAUAAAGAUCGAUACGCGUCGCUUCGCGCCGCGGUGCCGAGGCUCUUUCGAGAACGAGCGUGCGGGAGAGAAAGAGAGGAGACGAGACUCGCGGUUGCCAUUCCCGACGAAAAUAGCGGACGAGUCUUCUUUCGCUCUCUCUCUUUCUAUCUCUUUUUAUUUCUCUCUCUCUCUCUCUCUCUCUCGCUCUCUCUCGCGACGGUGUCCUUGGCCGCGUUUCGCCCGGCAUUACUUCACGUUGUCAAGUCGCAAAACGGAAGGGGAAUCGGGAGGGAGGAAGGAAGGGAGGAAGGGGAGAGCGAGAAGAGGGCAUAUUCGAUCGAGGACGUUUCGCGUCGCCGGCACCAUCGUCGACGAAGAUCUCUGAAAUGGAUGGAUUCUUGCCGUCGUCGAGGGGAUUACGAUGUCGAGCAAGCGCGUUCGCGACAACGGCCACGGGAGUAACUAAAGUGUGCGGUGUGUCACGUGCAAGUGUGUGAGAAAGCAGAAACAAGCUGAGAAAAACGAAACGCAGACGCUUGAUGCGAUUUAAGGAUUAACGAUAAGACCAGUGAACACGUGAGUGUAAGAAAAGACUGCGAGGACCUUCAUCACAGGAAGACCAACGAGGGAAAAAAGAGGAAAGGACAAAAAAAACUAUAGGACUGUAGGAAGGAAAGGAGUUGACGGCGGAUUCAGAAUUCUUUUACGUGGGAUCGCGUCGGCUAUGACGAGGACGGGUAGUCACGUCGAUCGAUGGUCAUUGAUUGAAGCCACGGAUGCCGAUGCGACCGUCGCCGUCAUCAUCAUCAUCCCGUUGAAUGUGGAACACGAUCUCGCGGCUCUUCGCUAAGGGCAGCAGGACCGCGGUAGUGCAGGAGGAAGCCGCGACGACGACGACAACGUCGGCGGCAAAGGACGAGCAACAGCGACCGGAGCGUGCCUGCAACGGCGUCGCCGACGACGACGCGCCCGUCGACGGUACGAGCGCCGUCCAUGUGUUCUACGACGCGAUGGAUCGGGCGAUGGAUCGCGGCGCGAGUGCAGACGAUCGACGCAGGCCUGCCGCCGCAACCGCGGCGGCAGCAUCAGUCGAUCAGCAGUCCAGCGGGGGCGAUUCCGAGCACUUCUCCGACGCCUACGACUCCCGCCAGGCCAAACAACGUGCCUCCGUAAAAUGGCUUCUAUCGAAGGCAUACAACAAUCGAGUGCCAGAAAAGCUCCGCGACCCUUAUUACCGUGAUCAUGAGGAACAAGAGCACUUGAAACCGCAGAUCGUUCACGCGCUUUCCAAUGCGGAGCUCUACUGCCUCGCGCUGGCCAACAUAUACUCGGAUCCCAACUACCACAAUCAGAAUCACUAUGGGAUCCUGCAAGCCUUGGCCAGGAAAGGCGUCUACGUUGCGGAGCAGAACAAUACUCAGCUCACCGAAACGAUCCUCAUCCAAAAUUCACCACUCAAGAUGUCCGCGCAUAUGGCUGUGAUAGAAGGCCUGAUGGUCUUGUACGCGAAAGAGGUGGUGACGGGAGACCGGGUAAUCUCAGCGAUACGACGGUUUGAUCCUCAAGCCGAAGUGGACGUUCCGUCGGAUCACGAGAAAGGCCUCUUACUCUGGAUCAAUCAUGCAUCGCACGCCCUAAUUGCUAAAAUCCAGAGCGAGGAAGGUGCCGGUGAUAAGACACGGCUGCCUGAGCUACCCGCUGCUAAGGACUUUCAGUCCCUGUGCGACGGUGUCGGCCUGGCGGCUGUUGUCGCUUUCUACUGUCCCAGCGAGCUCAACUGGAUGGAGAUCAGGGUAUCGAAGAGACCCUCGGUAGCGGACGCGCUGCACAAUCUCUCCCUGGUGCACGCGUUUUGCGUCAAAUGCCUGCCCUACUCGAUUUUCCACAUGCAACCUGAGGACGUCACGUACAUGAGAGGGUCAAUGAAGCAGAAUCUGGUAGUUUUUCUGGCUGAUAUGUACAACGUUUUGGAGAUUCAUCCGGCGAAGUGUGUGCGUUAUCCCGGUGAGGAGCGAGCGAUGCAGUACUUAGAUGCCUGCCCGCGCAAUAGUCAUGGCGUAGCUCAUAAGAGAAGUCUGCCACAGUCUAUAGCUCCGAUACCUGAUCUGAGAAGCAACCUCUCCGUAUCCGCGCCAGGUUUCACAGUUACGAAGUCGACAUCAAGCAGCACGGUGAAGAAGUCGCAGUCUUUGCAACAAACUGCUGAGAGUCAUCCGUACGACGACAGGCGCGCAGGAAGCGAGGAGAGCUUUGUAGUGCAUCGUGGCAAAGGUAUUCCCACGCUGAGCUCCGUAGCUGAUGAGAAAUCCGCAGGCAGAACUGAAGCCGCUGGUCGGCCGAGCAACUGGGAGGAACAACGGCGAAGUUCCUAUGCCGGACGUCGGUCCAGACGGAACAGCAUCACGGACGACUCUCAGCUGACCAUUGAAAACUUCGGCGGGUCUCAGGAUAAUUUACACAAUUUUGGUAGAAAUCCGGAUAAAGAGCUAGGCGCGCAUACUGGCAAGCGUAGCACCACCGAGCCGACGUUGCCCGCGCGAUCCAGUGUCCAGGAUGUGUACGGCAGCGGAGUGCAGCACAUAAUCGCGGACAAUGGUUACGGUGGCGGCGAGGAGCCGAUAAGGCUACGACGACAGGCGUCCAACAGCAGUCUGGAUAACGUCGCUCUCCGGCAAAUUUUACAUUCCAACGCAGAGAACGACAACGGCGCGGACAGCAACAGCGGAAGUGGCGGUGAUGGUGGUGGUGGUGGUGGUAGUGGUGGCGGCGGCGGCGGCGGCGGCGGUGGUGGUGGCGGCGACGCCGUUACGAAAUUUGCUAGUUUUGCGAAUCUGAGUAGACAAAGUUCGGAAAAAGGGAUCAAUUUCACGUACACGGAACAGGAUGAUUCUAAAUCGAACAAGAAACACGGUCAGAGUAAUGGCAAUGAACGGCGAGAAAAAACGACAUUUGCUACUCUACCAAACACGACCACAUGGCAACAGCAGAGUAGCCAGCAGUCGCAACAAUUGGAGCAACAUUCUAUCGAUGAAAACGGCGGCAAUACUAUAAUGGCCUCACAGCUGAAUAACAUACGAUUGAAGCUUGAAGAGAAACGGCGACACAUAGAAAAUGAGAAACGAAAGAUGGAAGUUGUUAUGUCGAAACAACGGGAGAAAAUGGGAAAGGCGGCGUUCCUGCAAGCGGUUACGAAGCUAUACUUGAUGGGUAAGGUUAAAUCUCCUUCUUCGUCAACGUCCGGGGGGGACAGUCCGGCCGAGACAGUCGGUCCCCCCACUCCUGUAACCUCCGGGUCUUCCGGGGCGACCCCGACGAGCGUAUCCGAGGCGUCCUCUGUACCCCAACAACCCCUUCAAGAAAAACCACAGAGACCCUUCUCUCUCAAGGAAAUUAGUGAGGAUGUGCGGGACGUCGAGCACAAAUGGUUGGAGCAUGAUGGUAAUGCGCCAUUCAUUGAGACCAGGCGCACUCCGGACAUCGAGAAUAUGGAUCCUGAACAGUAUCGUCAAUCCAUAACCCAAAUGAAUAAUAGUUUGAGUGAGAUUCAAGCAGACAUACAACGUUUGGCGAAUCAGCAAAAUCAGAUUCAGCAGCAGCACCUGAUGACCCAGCAUCAGAAGCAAAUGCAACAACAGCUUCAGCAGUUGCAGAGUCUCAGUCAGCAGCACAUGCAAUCUUUCGGAAUGCCGCCGAUGAAUCCAUUAACACCCAGACUGCAAGAUCCGCAGCAGUCGCAGUUCUAUUUGCAUGAUCAGCCGCAAGUGCAGAGAAGAAUGUGGGGCCAGCCGGCACCCGCCCAGAGUUUGGCCAAUGAAAUGGCCGCGGUGGGCUAUCAGCAAUCUAUGGACUCGCGAUUUAGUCCUCAAUCUGCCGCUUAUCAGCAAGACAUGCGUAUGUAUGCGGAUCCUACGAGGACUUGGGCAGCACCGCACCCGACGCAAAAGGGAUUCGUUUUGCACGAUACUCAGGAACCAAGGUACCUCAACGGCGGGGAUCAUAGUCUAUGUAAUAAUCAAAUGAGCCAUCCCGGUCCAACCAGCGUCUUUCCAGCGCCUUCGUCGCUCUUCAACCAAACACAAGUCACGUCUGCUAGUCCACAACACCGUAACGCCGUUCAUCGAAUAAGUCAGUUAAUUAGCGAAAGUCCAGAACCUAAAAGAUCAACCGUACAUCACAUCCCGAUUUCGUGUGAAAGUCCGACGGAGAAGAGGCAAGUUACAGCUUUGCACACUUCGGUACCAGCUCCGCCUGUCGAUGACAUGAAGCCCCAAAAUAUAUCUUUUAUCGGCAACGACGACGACAUCGCACAAGGUAUUCGCGGCUUGAACAUCACGUCGGGCAGUCGUACGUACAGAAUACCAUCGCCAACUAGACCCACGAUAUCGCAGAAUUCCUUCCAACCGCAUCCGUCGUUGAGGGAGACGAUUUCAUCACGUUCAGCCACUCCGGAUGUCACGCCUCUCGAUCCUACGGACGCGAAUGAGAAAGGAUUCUACAUCUCUUUCGACAAUGAUGCUCCCAAAAAACCGAAACCAACCCUCAGAGUGAAAAGAACGUCUCCUAAGAAGGAGCGAAGUGUAUCAUCCUAUAUGGAACACGAGGAUUUUACGAUGCGUUCUGAAUCACCUCCCGCUAGUGCGGUUGAGAGACAGAAACAAAUGGAAGUUCAACGAGAAUUAGAGCGAGAAAGAUUGCGGCAAGCCGACGAGAGAGAACAGCAGAGACAAGAAAUGAGGGACAGGGAGCUUAAACGGGAAAUGGAAAGGGAACGACAGAGGGAGAAACAGCGCGAUGGCAGUACGGAAAGCCGACAUGCUUCUGGAGUUUUAGUGAUUGGGAACCAACUCACGAAUCCUGAUCCGAAUUCUAUGGACGAAAUGGAGAAGAAGAAGGAAAGAAUAAUGCUGAUGUCGCUGCAAAGAAGACAAAGGCAGGAGGAAAUGAAAGAGAGAAAGGAAGUCGAAGCGCAAGCACGCAGGGAACAAGAGAAACUGAAAGCGGAAGAGAGAGCUCGCAAGAAAGAAGAAGAACGACAAAGGCGAGCGGCUAUCUUGGAGCAUCAUAAGGUGAAGAAAGCGAUAGAGGAAGCGGAAAGAGAAGGUAAGGUAAUUGAUAAGGAACUCCUGAAUGCAAUAAAUCCAGCAAAAUUACGUAACAAGACUGCAACCGCUCGACCGCGGCCCAAAACGAUUCACGGAGACGCUGGCGCGGUGUUGGAUUCCGGGGCUCUUACGCCUAGUCGUGGGAAGAAGGGUUCUUCUUCCAACUUAAGUACAGCGUCGCUGACCUCUCCGACGAUGAGACGAGACUACUACCGAGGCUCGCAGGAUAGUCUCACUGCUGCCCACCUCGAUGAUCGACGUUGUUCCGGCCCUCUUUAUCGGGGCGGCAGUCUCAGGGUAUCUUCCGUAGAUUCGCCCGAUGAUGGUAGAGGUUCCUCGCCUUGCCGCAGCGUGAAUCAGCUCGGUCGACGUGGCUCUUACAAGACCUCCAGAGAUGCGCAGGAGUCUCAGCAACAAGUUAGAGGCAGGCCUAAAUACCAGACUUACCAAAACUUUAAGGGGAGAAAGUCUAAUUCUCUGAUGAAUUUGUGCGAUUCGGACAGCGGCCUGGGCAGAUCGACACCUCCGAGGCGUGCCGCCAGUCCGGGCAUAGGCAGCAUGAGGCAUUUGACGUCACCCUCGGGACCUGGCUCACUCCCACCCGCCCUGAUGACAUCGAAGAAGAGGGUAUAUGAUGAUGGUAGCAGCGAUAUCAGCAGCACGCCCAGUUCUAUGAUGGACUACAAUGGCCCGAGACUGUACAAACUGCCGAUAGCCAAAUCGAAUCGCAACAUAAUGUUGAACGCCGUGGAGUAUUGCGUCUUCCCUGGCACUGUGAACAAGGAAGCUAAAUCGAGAGUCCUGGAAGAGAUCAGCAGGUCCGAAAGCAAACACUUCCUCAUCCUAUUCCGGGACGCCGGCUGCCAAUUCCGCGCUCUCUAUUCAUACUGUCCUGAAAGGGAGGAAGUAGCCAAACUGUACGGUACUGGGCCCAAACAAGUCAUCGAUAAUAUGUUCGACAAGUUUUUCAAAUACAAUUCCAGCGGAAAAUGCUUUUCGCAAGUUCACACGAAGCAUCUGACUGUGACCAUAGAUGCCUUCACGAUACACAACAGCCUCUGGCAAGGUAAAAAGGUGAACUUACCGAACAAGAAGGACAUACCGCUCGUCAUAUAGUUUUACACAAGUGAUUUCAUACACUUAACAUUACGCUACUGUGCCCUCUGUUGUUCAUAGUUACUAUUUUAAUACAGGCCCAUAUUAAAUUAAUGCGAAUACGUUGCAUUCUUAGUCAAUUUUAUAAGGACAAUUGAUCGGUGCUGACCCCCGUAAAGAAAUAAUCAUAUCGGCACUGCAAACUCCGCGUUUCUCGAUCGCACAUCGCUUUUGAAGAGGUAAAAAAGACGAAGGAGGAUUAUCAUCGGGGAGAAUUUCAUUUUUCUUUCUUUAUUUUUAUUUUUCUUGUAUUCAUUUUUUUUGUUGAGCGUCAGCAUCAAUCACUGUGUCAUAAGAUUACCAGUAUCUACGUAUAGGAAUGGUUUGUUGUCAAUACACCUCUAAGAUAUUUCCUUUAAUUUUGCGGACUAAUUCUUAACAUGUAACCGCCUUGUAAUCGUGUAAACUGCUGUGUUGCGACUGCGUGGGCUGCGUGCGAUUGUGGAUAUAUGCGCAAAAGUUGAUUCUUUUCUUAAAUUUAUUCUGCGAAACGAAGCGAGAAGAGAGAGAGAGAGGAGGAGGAGGAUGGCAACGGUGCAUUUUAUGUUCUUCUUAUGCAUGCGGGCGUAAUUCGCAAUUCGCACAGGUCUUUUUCCAUCCUUCUCGAAGUUAGGGAUCUAAAUUAUUCAACGAUUAUUAUCUAGUGUGUUUGACUAUUUUUUAAAGAAUAUAACAACGCAAAUACAUGAGAGAUCAUUAAUCUUUUAGAUACAUCUCGUGCGCAAAUCAUUGACUUGAACUUAUUUUUACUUUUUCAUGUAUAACACGCAAAAGAUAUCUUCUCUUUUUUUUAUAUCAGUUUUCUUUUUAAUCAGAAGUUGUUUUUUUUUAUAUAUUCGUUUGUUAUAUUUUAUAGAUUGAGAUACACGUCGGAUAAAGUGCCCGAUGUGAAUCGAGCGAACGGGAUUGAAUUAAUGAUUUCUCAUACUGCGUAUGUUUCUCGCGGCUGUUGACGAUUGUAACGCGUAGCGCGAUUCUUGCAGUGUCUCCUUUCGUUCCCCUUUUUUACGGGGAAAGAAACUUUUUGCCAACGGGUAAUGAUGGAUGUGAACGACGACAGCUAAUGUAUAUAAAUAAGUUCGUAAUUAGCUGAGCCUGUUAAGCGUAAGACCAGCCUUACGAUGAAUUCAGACGUAUAAUGCAUAUGUUGAAUCCGUUUCCUUGCGGCGAAUGACGAUUGUUUGAAUUGCAUCGUUACAUGUUUCAGUCUGUUAUAAUGUAAGAAACACUGUGAGAUAUGCACGUGCAUUAAUUUACGCCGAAGCAGCAGUCUUAAUGCGAGCGAUAUAUUUCAUCGACGGAUUAGAUAGUUAUCAUUGUGUACAGAAAAUGGAUAUUUGCAUAAGUACCGUUGCCUCGCCGACAAAGUCAAAAGACCAUCGGGAAAGAAAACGAGAGUACUUCGUAGUGUUUUCUUUUUCUUGCUCCGAAUGCGCUUUAAUCAUAUUCGUCUUGUGAGAGGAAGGCGGAAGAUGGACAUCGUCAAAACCGCGAAUUUUAUCGAUAAAACUGCGCUUUUUCGUCACAACUCCACGUGAGUUUGUUAUUUCCAGCCAUGUUCUGCUUUCCUUGGAAACAAAGAGAAGAAAACACGAAGCUUUAUGUUAUGAACAAUGUAAUUGGACUAAGUGCGUAAAGACAUUUAACGAAUUUGACAGCCUGACUUUUCUUCAACCGUGUCUCGUCACAUUGUGUUUUUCCCCGUAGGAUUUACCCGCCAUCUCUCAGCGAAACUUUAGUCAGUCCAAGCGAACAGAGAACCACGGCAAUCCGCGUGUAUACGAAUGCCGUAAUUUAUCUGGGAGAAUUGUUAUAAUUUAUUGUGCCAUAAACUCGACGUUCGCUUUUCCUGUUUUGGAACUGGCAUCGACUUCCUAUCUCGCUGAACGGGCCUUUCGAUCGGUUACGUUUCUUUCAUUAUAAAGUUGUUAUGGAAGGAGGAGAAGGAGCUAGAGAUAGGUAGAUUUCAAGUAGAUGUUUUAUACGAUAAUAUCGGGGGUCUAUCGUUUGUACGAUUAUUUCUCUCUGAUCCUGGAUCUCGUCCGCGAUGAUCUCUUCAGGAUCGUUCUCCGAUCAUUUUGUACGAUUAUAAGUCUUCGACUCGACAUGGACGAUUAUGCCGAGUAUAAGGUAGACCCUCUAUAUUCUGCGACACGGCGUAACGCGUCAAACGUACACAGGAUUAUUAACAAUUACAAACACAACGCGACAUAUCGAAAUCCAAUGUUCUCCAGCAGCUGAAACUGCGAGAGAGUAUCUAUGUAGCUUCAAUUCGCGUGGGAUGUCACGGUCAGCUUGGCUUCGCCGUCCCGCAUUUCGCUCUUCGACCACGUGUAAUAAAAGGAAUUUGUAAGAUUAAACUCCGUCGAGAUUAUAGUAAUCGUGAGAAAGAGAGAGAAAGAAAAGUUCAUUGUUCUAUAUUCCUGUCUGUUGUAAAUUUAUCCGAGUACCAUGAUGCAAGAGAGAAAGAGAGCGAUAAGAUAGAGAAUCUUAGAUUCAGAAACAGUCCGACCUGACAAUAUCGAACGUGAGAUACACGCCAUAGAGGAAAAAAGAGAAUGCGAGAUCUUUGAGGAGUGCAAAUCGCGGUAAGGUGACAAUGUUGAGAGAAUGAAAAGAGAGAGAGAUAUAUUGAUUGCAAUUAAUAUAUAAAUAUAAAUAUAUAUAUAUAUAUAUAAAUAUACAUAGUCACUAAUCUUAAGAGCCAGCGAGAAUAAUGGCUUGUGGAAAUGGGAUUGAUUACAAAGUUACGAUGUUAAGAGAGAUCUCUCAACUAUUGGUCGCUCUCUCUUAUGCUUGAUAUUUAUAUUUUUUGAAGAAUAGAUAUAUUAUUAGUGAGCUGGAAAAAUAGAGUACUUGGAUGUGACAUUUGACCGAGGACAAAACGGAACGAUCGAGGCGGAAAGGAAACUGAACGAAACAGGACACCGAGGCACACAUAAUAUAUAUACACACACACACACACACACACACACACACACACACACACACACACACACACACACACACACACACACACACACACACACACACACACACACACACACAAUACUGCGGCACAAUGUAAAUUUGUACGCCACAGUUAAAUCGCGCUUACUAAUAAUAAUAAACGAUUAUUGUUAUAUAAUAAUUAUCAAUUUUUAUUAUCGCAGAAAUUUCGACAUCAAGGCGAGUAUCAGUUCUUGAAUUCUAUCCGUGUGUCUCUGUAAAUAUUAUGUUUUUAUAUACAUAUAAAACGAAACGUAUACCUACCUA